CGGGGUGUUGUGGGCCCAGCUGUACUAGCGGGGCGAUCGGCUUCAGUGAGAAAGAAGAAAAAUAAUAAACCCUUCGUAAAUGGGUUUAUUAUCACAACAGACGUUGUUUCUGUGUCUCUUGUUCAGUCGCACCGAUCGACUCAUCACUUUUAAUGGAUUAUCGUCUUGUCUACAGGACCAGUCCUUUAUUGCCGAAGUAGGACAUUUGACUGAGGAGGUUCGGGAGCUCUGUUCAUCCAAACGGAACUCCAUUUUUUAACCAGUAAUUCCAUCAACUCGACGAAUCAAAUGGUAGCCGUCUAGGUAAAAGUUCUUCAGGAUACAGGAUUUUCCAAGACCUCGAUCUGCGAUGAACAUGGCAGUGUUCAGUUCUCAGGUGCUGUUUGCAGUGACAAGAUCAAGGGGAUCCUACUUGCUCUCUAAGAGGCAUAGCUGCUGCUCACUCCCAUCCACGGCAUAUGUUCGGUACCACCCAGAUCUCACCAAUUGGACUGCUUUGUCCACGAGGCACAGCACUCCGGCCCACUUCAGAGACAUCAGGCCCAGCUGCAUACCAGCACGGUCUUUGCACAGCUCCUGCAGGUGGCUCCAGGAGGUGAAGGAGAAGUCUGCAGGGGAGGAUAAUGAGAAGGACCCCACUGCUCCCACACCACCUCCCCCUUCUGCUCCGGCUCCCAAAGUACCAGAUAAAGUAGUAGUUAAGAAGUCCCUGGGCCACAGGGUGUUGGACGAGCUGAAGCACUAUUACAAUGGAUUUCGACUUCUGGGAAUCGACACCAAGAUCGCUGGCAGGAUGGUGUGGAGGCUACUGCACGGACAACAGCUGACCAGACGAGAGAGGAGAAGGCUGAUGCGGACAUGUGCCGACCUGUUUCGCCUGGUCCCAUUCAUGGUCUUCAUCAUCGUCCCCUUCAUGGAAUUCCUGCUGCCAGUUUUCCUCAAGCUCUUCCCGGAAAUGCUGCCUUCCACCUUUGAAACUGAGACCAAAAAGGAGGAGAAGCAGAAGAAGGGCCUGGCUGCCAAACUGGAGCUGGCUAAAUUCCUGCAGGAGACCAUCGCCGAGAUGGCCAGGAGGAACAAAGCCCAGACCAAUGACGAGACCCAGAGAUUCUCCACCUACGUUCAGAAGGUGCGUCAUACAGGAGAACAGCCAACCACGAAGGAUAUUGUUAAAUUCUCCAAGCUGUUUGAGGAUGAACUGACUCUGGAGCACCUGGAGCGCCCCCAGCUGGUGGCCCUGUGUAAGCUGCUGGAGCUGCAGCCCAUCGGCACCAAUAACUUGCUGAGGUUCCAGCUCAUGAUGCAACUGCGAACCAUCAAAACAGACGAUGAGAUGAUAGCAACAGAGGGCGUGGCUGCCAUGAGUGUAUCCGAGCUCCAGGCAGCCUGCAGGAGCCGUGGCAUGAGGUCCCUGGGGUUGACCACCGAUCAGCUGCGGCAGCAGCUUCAACAGUGGCUGGAUCUGCACCUGAAAGAGAAUGUGCCGCCAUCCCUCCUGCUACUGUCCCGGGCCAUGUACCUGACAGACCUCACGCCCAAGGCCCCUGUCAUCCCACCUGUGCCCAAACUGGAGAAAGUGACCCCACCCUCAUCUGAAAGUGCUGAGACCCAAGAAAAGCCUGCGUCAGCCUCUGCGGAUAUGCUGGUGGACUCUGCCCCGGUCGUCAAGGACAAAAAAGAGGAAGAAAUUGGGGAUAAAUCCACUCAAAUUAUUCCAGAAAAACCACCAACUGCAGCUCAAGUAAUACAGGCUAAAGGUGCUGAGGUGUCCCAGAAAAGCAAGAUGAGCGCCAAUGGGAUCUGAGGGCCAGUUUGGGCCAGGACUGGCUGAAGGGAUCUGUCCCACUCUGGGCAAAGGGAAGAGCGAGAUGCGCUGCUAUAAACCGGGUGCAAUGCCCCCGCUCCUCCCCCCCCCCAACUCGCUCACUCUGAGAUCACAAAGGCCACAGGCCCACUUUCCAGUCCGCCCAAGAAGAACGCUCCUACCCCGGACCUGAGGACGUCGGAGCCUGGCUGCCAAGGCAGACACCACUCCCAAUUCCAAUCGUCCAUGACUGAGUCAGUCCUCUGCCAGCGAGCCCGACUUUGAAUGCAAGACACUUUUCUUUCAGACAUAAGUUUGUUUUAGGUGUGCAUUUUUAAAAAAAUCAACUCACUCCCUUUGGUUUCAAGUUUUUCGUUUUCACGCGUUGACACAUUCUGGUGAAAAAAAUCGUAUAGAAAUUGAGCUGUUUCAUUGGAGUAAAACUUUUCAAAAAUAAUUUUGCAGCACGAAAUAUAACAUUACUUUGUUUUGUCUUGCUCAAUAGUUUCACUCCUGGUAGUCGAACCACAUUUUGUAUAUUUGUAAAUGCACUGUACAUUGUUUUCAGUGUCUGGCAUAUUUUAAGUACAGCUGCGUUGUACAGUAAUAUGAACUUUUGACUCUUUGAUUGUUUUUGUUUGCGUGGGGCUAUCUGAACAUGAGGCUGAUUGAAGUGUCACUGUUGUUUUAAAUUGCAGCUGAGAAUUGUAAAUUUACACUGGUAAAUUUUUCUUAUAAGGAAUUUGAAAUUCUGUCCUCCAUCAGGAGAUUCUGCAAUACUGUCAUGCAGCUUUCCACUCUCUGCCUUUGUGCAGAACUAGUCUGUAAAAUUAUUUUUAUAUUUAAAUAUACAGUGUAUAUAUUGUGCAAUGAUAUUCCGUUCCCCCCCUUUACUCUGAGAUAUAAAUCUGAAAUUCAGUGAAUUCACCAUGAAUUUACUAAUCUUAUGUAUGAAAACUGAUAGAAACUACAAUGAUUUUACAUGUCAACAAAAUAAGGUAAUUGUCCUCCAUGAUUUGUUGGCCCUGAUCUUGUAAAUGAUCAUAAAUUAUUUGACCAGGAGCAUGAAAAGGAACUAGAGGUACAAAAUUAUUAACGCAAAUAGAUACACCACCACAUUAUUGUAAAAUAAGAUUUGUAUUAAUUUCAAAAUGUCGAAAAUACAAUUAUGAAAAACUGAAAAGGCAUACCACUGGGGUAAAUUAGAUGUACUAUAUAUAUGUAUAUAUAUGUAUGUAGUUCAGUGCUUGUGAUUUUGUAUUGCCUUAGUGCUGGAGAAAACCACUCAAAACAGGGUGAUUGUCAGAUGUGUGUUAAAUUGAAGUUUACACCGACCUGGAUUUCCUCCCAAAUUCAGUUUAACUGAUUCAGAUUACCUCACUGGCAUGUCAGCACACUGCCCUUUCUCCAGCUCCUCUCCUCUGCUGAAAGGACCGACAGGCCUCCCUUAGCCAUAAAGCUGACCUCUGCGCUUGCUCGUCUCCAGCUGGUUGUUUAAAACCCUGGGAGGACAGAGGAUAUCAUCACAGGCAGCGUUGAAUCGGUGGAUGUUGCACAUUAGCUAAUGCUAGAGGUGGUUCACAGGUCAGUUUGCUGACUGAAAAAUUGUAAAACAAAGGGCAAUCCUUUCAGUGUACCUACCCGUUUUGCAGUUCCUUACUAAAAGGGUGUAUUUUGGUAUACUUGGUUCAAAGAUUUAUGUAGUCGUUGUGACCGAGAAGGUUACACGAAGUGCUUGCUCCAUUCGAGUUUUACUGCUGAUUUUGUGGAAUGUUUUCUUUGCUCUUCCCCAUUCUUAGUUAACACAAUUAAGGAAUGUCAUUGAAACAAU